AUGGCAGUUCCUAAAGUUGGUAUCAACGGAUUAGGCCGGAUCGGCCGCCUCGUCCUUCGCGCGGCAGUAGAGAAAGGCACAGUCGAAAUCGUCGCGGUGAACGAUCCGUUUAUUUUCUCCGACGUCAGUUACGCAGCGUACAGCCUCAAGUACGACUCCACGCACGGCGCUUUUCCGGGCGAGAUCGGAACAGAUGGCGAGCAUUUGGUCAUCAACGGGAAGAAGAUAACGUGCUUUGCCAUCCGGGAUCCAGCCGAUAUCCCAUGGGCGUCGACUGGCGCCGAGUACGUCGUCGAGUCCAGUGGCGCAUUUACAACUGCCGAGAAGGCGUCUCUACACCUGAAAGGCGGCGCGAAAAAGGUGGUCGUUUCCGCACCUGCCAAGGACGUGCCCAUGUUCGUCAUGGGCGUCAACCACGACUCCUACACCAAGGACCUCCAAGUGGUAUCCAAUGCCUCUUGCACAACGAACUGCCUAGCGCCACUCGUCAAAAUCCUAGAUGAAGCCUUUGGUAUCGAAAACGGGCUCAUGAGCACGAUACACGCUGUGACAGCGACUCAGAGAACCGUGGACGGCCCGAGCAACAAAGACUGGCGCCGCGGGCGCAGCGCCAUGCUGUCUAUUAUACCGAGUAGCACCGGUGCAGCGAAAGCAGUCGGCAAAGUCUACCCGAAGCUUGACGGUAAAUUGACGGGCAUGGCUUUCCGGAUACCGGUGGCCCUUGUAUCAGUUGUUGACUUGACAGCGAAUCUGAAAACGCCCACGACCUACGAAGAAAUCAAACACGUCAUGAAGGCGGCGGCCGAGAAUCCCGAGUUCAAGGGGAUCUUCGGGUACACCGAAGACCCCAUCGUCUCAGCCGACCUGGCGCAUAGUUCGUACUCGUCCGUGUUCGACGCUCAAGCAGGCAUCAUGUUGUCACCGACCUUUGUGAAGCUCGUGAGCUGGUACGAUAAUGAAUGGGGAUACAGCAAUCGAGUGGUAGACUUGAUCACGCAUAUGGCAAAAGUCGACGCCGCUUGA